AACUACAAUUUUGGCUCUGCAUAAGAUAUAAUGCCAGACAGCCUUUCGUCGUCACUUCCCGAUGCAGACCAUCGAUCGCCAGCUGCUGAUUUCCCCAGCAGGUAACCCGAAGCAAGACAGCAGUUUGUCAAAGGAAGCAAGAUGCAAGACCAGGACCAUGACCGCCAGCCUGACCUCAAAAGUGUCAUUGCAGAUGGUUCGUUCUGGAUGAUUCCAGAGCGGCAACUCCUCGACCUUGUCAAGUUGCAAUUCCCAAGUGAACUUCAGCGACUGCAGAAUGCCACAUUCCUCAAGAACAAUAACGCGCCACGACCGGACGGGUUGUCAAUUUCGGAAUACCUUUUCGGUCAAGAUUAUGCUGAGAUAGAUCGUACACUGGUGGGUGUGCUCGCCUUACGAUGGCUAUGGAACGAUGAUUAUGGUACUUUCACCAAGGCUCAAGGCCCGGCGGGUCUCAUCCUGAAGCAGGAAUCAUUUCGAUGGCUGAGAGAGAUCUUUCUCAGAAACCUUGAAUGUUCUGAGGACAUCUACACACUCGUUGUCUCCAUCGUCAUCAAUGACUUGGGCAAAGACUCCAACCUUGCGAAAGACUAUGCCCAGCUGGUACAGGUUGACAUUUCCAAGGUCAAUCACGACAUGAUCCUUUAUCAUUCUAUCAAAGUAGGGAUGAUUCCUGCACUAGACCUCCUGACUGAAGAGAACAAACAGGAUGUCCUGGUGGGCAUCAGGCUUGGUUCCGAAUUCAACUUCGGACAAUUAGCACAAGCGGAGAACGCGCCAGCAUCCCUAGCAGGUCUAGCAGAGAUGCGUGGUCAUGAUCGAGCUUUUCAGAUGCGAUUCAUGGAGCAGGUUCUUGACUUGGCGGGUGCAUCUGGACAUGAGGACUGGACUUGUGCGAAGAAGAUGAUUGAGCCGAUAUUUCAGUCAUACCGAAACGUUUAUGAUGUUGCUCAAGCAAUCAUGGACGACAAUGUGAGUUUGAGAGAAGGGUACGAUAUCAUCCUGAUUCGAAAACUCGAGCUACUGCGGCGCACAGGCUAUGCUCGCCAGCUCGACAUCCGUAUCCCACAGGACCGCGCACUGAUGCGGCUGUUUUGUCUGGGAAAUACGACGAACGCAGAGGAGGCAGAUGUUUACGCCACAGCGUUCGCUCAGCGCAUGUCAGAGGAAACCAGGCAGGCAUUGGCUCACGGUCUCAAUCUGGACGGCACCGUAGAGGAACCUGCGGUUCAGGCAACAUACACACCGGCAAUGUUGACGAAGGCAGCUACAAAUACCGUGAAGGGCUCAGAUGACGAAAAAGUAGCUGCAGUAAGUGCCCUGUUGCGCUACCUCGCAAAGUGUAUGGUAGUGCGGCCCGACAGCAUGGAGCGACUUCCAAAGGGUGUAAUUGUUAUCGAGAGGGAUGUAAGGAGGAUCAUGCCGAUACUGGAAAGCGCAGAGUUCAACAGGAAUCCUGAUAUUCUUGACAGGGAGGACAUUCCGGAAGAUCAAGUCGCAAACAUGGCGCCAGGGUAUUGACAUGUGCUUGACGACGGGUUCUUGUCGCAAGCUUCAUCUAGGAAAGGCUUGAGACAUGCUUCUUGCACCAAGGCUCCAGAGGCUUAGAAUAGACUUAGAUUACUCUGAUCCUCUCGAGGGCAGGGCAUGUAAGAAGAACAAUCAGAAUAUCGUAGCUGUGAGAUGUGCUUUCGUGCGGGAAACCGGACCGUUGCCGUUAACCGCGGACACUACUGUAACU